GUCCGAAUCCAUUUUCAAAAACCAGUUGGCUGCUGCUGUUGACCGUCUUCCUACCAUCAAAACCAGAGAAACAACAAAGAAAGAAAAAAACAAACAUACUUACUCUUCACCUCCUUUCAAUUCAAACCAGAACACACCAUCAACCAGAAAAGGGAAGGAAGAAAACAACAACAAAGAGCGAACGAACGAACGAAAACUAACGACAAACGAACGGAGACGCCGAACUACCUAACACAGACACUCGAUAAUCGGACACCAGAUGUUACGACCGUGCAAUUACUAAGGAACUGAAGAACAGGGGUUUCAUAACUCAGAGAUUCACCAAUCAGUCGAUCUAGUUCCUCAAAAAAAACAUAUAACUAACGCACACACAGCACAUCCUCAAACUAGUCUACAUACAGCGCUUCUUCACCUCUCAUCACUUACUACUCACUCAUUCGCUCUCUCUCUCUCUCUCUCUCUCUCUCUCUAUCAUCAAUAAGGUAAGAUAACCAUGUCCGCCACCGCUCAAGACCCUCGGACACGUCAACAGUCCACCUCUCAUAUCCUCAAGACUGGCAAAAGGGGUAAUCCAUUCGUAAAGGAUACCCAUGAUCUAUUCUCAACCCUCGUGGCCUCUCUCCAACUGACCACCAACACCCGUUUCUUUCGAUCGUAUCCUAACUCAUUUACUACCGAUGAUGCGGCCGCCAACCUCUCCUCACUCAGAUUCUCUCAAUCUAACCGUUCAACCGAUCCUAACGACCCAUCACGGAUUGUCACGACUACAACAACCACAACGUUCUCGAUGAAUCGGGACAUUGCGAAGGGGAUAUGUCAGCACUUCAUGGACGCUCGACUGAUCGAGAAUGCCGCCGACCCACUCAAUCCGACCUUCAAGGAACGCGGGAUCUAUCAGAUCACACCCAAAGGGCUUCAUGUCCUCGAACGGUUUAUCACCAAGAAUGGAAUCCAUGCCGACCAUCUCGUUAGAGUCUUCACCACCCAACCGAUCUGCAUGAAGCUACUUCAUCUUGAACGGCGUCCGGCCGACGAUGAGAUCCACAUCACUCCCAACGUGAUCAAUGUCGUCUUCAAGCGCUUCUCGGGAGGUCGAUCACCCAACUACGUUUGCGACCCCUCCGAGCUCCAACGCAAUACCGCCGUCCGUCCAUUCACUGAAAACCCACGUUUGACGCCCAACUACGACCGCAGUCUUGGGGUUGAACUGCAGGAUGUCCGCGAGAGAGCGGCCAGCGGGACGACCUUGCUAGUCAAGCAUGUCUUUUCAUCCACCACGGCCAUCGACUGGCUGGUUGAUUUCUCGACAUGUUGUGGAAGGGAGGAGGCUGCCGAGCUACUAGCCCACUUCGUCCGCUACGGUCUGAUAACCGUCCACAUCGACCGGUCCAAGGGUGCGGAUAAGGUAGCACAGGUGCUGGUCCGGGCGCCAUCGAGUGAACCGACAAUCCCUGGGGUCUCAUUGGAGGGCCAGUUCAAGUAUGGAGCCAAGGUGACUUACCGGAUCACCGAUGAAGGUCGACGGUUGAGCGGGGUCGAUGGCUCGACAGAUCGGGCGCACUACAAGCUGGCUAGUGGGGCGACCAACCGAACCUCCGAGGAGGACUUACAAUCCGUCUCUCACCACCAUCACCAGCCUCACCAUCCGACGCUCGAUCAGACCGUCUCGAUGAGUGGCCCGCUCGCCGGUGCGGAGGGCCAGAACGACGGCCGCCAGGUACUCAGAGACAUCCUACAUGCCGAUAGCAGUGACGGCUCGGCCUGGGUCCGUGACGCCACCUCAUCUAGUGCCCGACUGAAAGCCAUCUUGGGUGAACCAGCUUUACGUUCACUCUUCCGAGACUUCCUUCGCUCACAUAUCUGCGAAGAAAACCUACACUAUUGGAUCGAUGUCCAAGAGUUCCGACGUAGAUUUGCGACCUCAUCAACAGCAGUAGGGAUUGGCACCGCACAAAACUCGAAGAAGAAAUCCUCCUCUUCAGCUGCUACAGCGAUGGAACAGCACCAAGAAAAACUGGUCUCGACUGCCCUCUUGAUCUUCAAUACCUACCUUGCUCCCGGCUCGCCCUCCGAACUUAAUAUCGAUCAUAACCUUCGUGCCGACGUGAUCAGCUAUAUGUCUAGGGCGGUCGACGAAGCUAAAGGUACCCCUAACUCUCCUGACCCUUCUGAAGGCUCUGUUCCGGCGCUUAGAGCGACGCAAGUCCAAGCCUUACUACGCCAUUACGAACGAAUCGCCGAUCACAUAUACCGGUUAAUGGCCACAGAUCAAGUACCGAAAUUUGUAAGAACCGAGCGAUUUUUGGAGAUUUUAUCUGCCCAACAGUUAGAUGAAAGUCGAGAUAACGAAGGGACGACGACGAUGACGAGUGGCUAUGGAACAUCCGAGCCGAUCCUCUCGAUCCCAUCCUCGACCACCAACCCCUCCAUCCACCCGUCUCUUCCAUCCGCCUCAUCAUCUCACAAUCCAGGCUCCCCAGCCAGUUCGACAUCGCCCCACAACCCAUCCUCGCAUAGUAAACCGAGUCCGAUCAUCGACCGCCACCUCUCGACUACCACCCUCGUCAAACAUCCUAGUUCAUACAAGAAAUCCACCAAACCUGCGCCCUUAGAUCCCUCUUCUUCUCCUACCUCUUCCUCCUCCCCGACGACUACUACUACUAGUACAACUACGUCUCCUCUCAGGAAUCAUUCUUCAAUCUUGACUAAUCCUCAUACUCAUAACAAGAAAUCAAAUAGUAAUCAUACCCUUACUAGUUUCUCGUCUUCUUCUAAUUCUUCCUCUUCCUCUUCUUCUAACCUUAAUCAUUCUUCUUCUAAUAAUAAUCAUCAUCAUAAUCCUAGUAAUCAUUCUCACUCUUUAGAUCCUCCGGCUCCUCCUGCCCCUUCCUCUUCUACUUCUGCUUCUGCUUCUAAUCACCAUAAUGGAAGUUCUAGCUUGUUUAAAAAGUGAUUUUCAUUCAUUUUUUUUUCUUAGAUUGUUUUACUUUCUCUCCUGGUUCUUCUCUUUGUUUCUUUCCCUCUCAAUCAGAAAAUGAAUAAGUCAAAAACCUUUUUUUUCUUCUUGUUCUGAUCUCUCUUCCUCUAAAAUAUAUAUAUAUAUACAUACAUACAUACAUACUUUCUAGCCUUUUUUUUAUAAAUUAAAAAAAAAUCAACCUUGUCGUUCUUCUUUCCUCUUUACUUUUCUGGUAUAUACUUUGGUUGGGUUUCUUUUUCUUUCUCUUUCUUUUUUUCCCCUCCCUCCCUCUCCCCCCCAAAAAAAUACAAAUACACCUUUUUUAUUCAAACAAAAAAAAACAGAUACAAUAAACAAGUUUUUUUUUUU